AUGACUGAAAAAGAGAAGGAUGUGCCCAUGGAUGUGGCUCAGAUGGAGGAGAACAAGUCUGGUGAAGAGCGACCCAAGUGGGACAACAAGAUUCAGUAUCUUCUCACGUGUAUUGGAUUUGCUGUGGGUCUGGGCAAUGUGUGGCGAUUCCCUUACUUGUGCCAGAUCUAUGGAGGAGGUGCAUUCCUGAUCCCUUACCUGAUUGCACUGGUGUUGGAGGGACUGCCCCUGUUGCACAUGGAGCUUGCUAUUGGACAGCGAUUGCGCAUGGGAAGCAUUGGUGUGUGGAACUCCAUAUCACCGUACUUGGGAGGAGUGGGUCUGGCAUCUUUGAUAGUGUCUUUCCUAGUCGGCCUGUUCUACAACACCAUCCUGGCCUGGGUGCUGUGGUAUUUCUUCCACUCAUUUCAAAACCCUCUUCCCUGGAGAGACUGUCCAGUCAAUGAUAACCACACAGGGUAUAUAAAGGAGUGUGAGGAAAGCACACCUGUGAACUACUUCUGGUACCGCAAGACACUGAACAUCACACCUGAUAUUCAGACCAGUGGCUCUCUGCAGUGGUGGCUGGUGCUGUGUUUGGCCACUGCCUGGGGAAUCGUCUAUAUCUGCUUCAUCCGCGGCAUUGAGACCAUUGGCAAGGCAGUGUAUAUCACAGCUACUUUUCCCUACCUUGUGCUAACCAUCUUCCUGGUGCGGGCUCUCACCCUGCCUGGUGCCACAAUAGGGUUGACAUACCUCUUCACGCCGAAUUGGGAGACACUGAAAGAACCUAGAGUUUGGCUGGAUGCUGCCACGCAGAUCUUCUUCUCCUUGUCUCUGGCUUUUGGUGGCCUCAUCGCUUUCUCCAGUUAUAACCCUCAGAAAAAUGACUGUGAAAGAGAUGCCUUGAUAGUAGGAUGCAUAAACAGUGCCACAUCCAUCUACGCAUCCAUUCCCAUAUUCGCCAUUCUUGGGUUCAAAGCAAAUUCAAACUACAAUGACUGCCUGAACAGCAACAUCAUGUCCCUGACAAAUGCAUUUAGCAUUGGGGAUGAGAACAUAACACUGGAAAACUAUGAAAGCUGGCUGGGCAACCUAAAUGCAAGUGAUCCUGAGAAAGUUGCUAGCAUUGAUCUGAAAACCUGCAAUCUGCAAACAUUUCUUGACCAGAGUGCAUCAGGGACUGGCCUGGCCUUCAUAGUUUUCACAGAGGCAGUGAUCAAGAUGCCAGGCUCCCAGGUUUGGGCUGUGUUAUUUUUCGUCAUGCUGUUCAGCCUGGGCCUAUCCUCCAUGUUUGGGAACCUGGAGGGGGUCCUCACUCCUCUGCUGGACCUGAAGCUGGUGCCCAGCUGGAUACCGAAAGAGAUUUUUACAGGGCUGUUGUGCCUCGUGUCUUUCUGUGUGGCCCUCAUCUUUACUCUGGGCUCAGGGAAUUACUGGCUGGAGAUUUUCAACAACUAUGUAGGAUCCUUGCCCCUGCUCAUCAUUGCUUUCUUCGAGAUCGUCGCUGUGGUUUACGUCUAUGGAAUUGGCCGAUUCAGUGAUGACAUUGAGUGGAUGACGGGGCGGAGGCCCAACAUUUACUGGCAGGCCACAUGGAGGGUCAUCAGUCCUGUGAUGCUGCUGGUGGUGUUCCUGGCGUACAUCGUGGUCCAGGCUAAUGAGCGGCCCACCUAUCCCGCAUGGAAUCCGGGUUAUGUGAAGUUCCCACUGUUUGAUGUUCAGCCGUACCCCAACUGGGUCUUUGUUAUCUGCGUGCUGCUGUCCCUCAUAUCUUGUAUCUUCAUACCCAUCAUCGCCCUCUACAGGUUCAUUCAGUUCCUGCGGAAACGCUUGGCAGUGUGGCGGGCCACCAGAUCCUAUGACAACGAAGCUUACUUACCAGAAAUGUAG